AUGUUCGACUCAAUCAAGCAGUCGGCGCUGUACCAGGAGCUGAGCCUUCGCUUGGUCUUUAUUGGGUGCUUCGUCUCCCUGGGGGCCAUGGGAUUUGGAUUUGAUAAUUCUUGGUGGGGAGGUGCUCUGGGGUUGUCUCCAUUUGGCAAGAAGUACGGUGAAUGGGAUGAGGCCCAGAAUGAUUGGGCCAUCCCAGCAGAGAAACAGUCUGCUGGCACGGGUACAGGCUCUGCAGGUAUCAUCAUCGGCUGUCUCGUUGCCCCAUGGCUAUGCUCCAAUUUGGGUCGUCGACCAACUUUGCUGGUCAUGGCGGGCCUCUUGACCGUGGGCAUCAUACUGGAGGCUACAGCUAUAACCUCCUUCUGGCAGUUGGUUGUGGGUCGCAUUGUCGUUUAUUCCGGAAUUGGCCUGGCAUCGAAUGUCGUACCCAUGUAUCAAUCUGAAUGUGCACCAGCCAAGGUUCGAGGCGCUUUCUUGACUGCAUACUCGUUUUGGAACACUUUUGGUGCUUUCUUAGCCACGCUGGUCGUAUAUCUAUGUCAAAGCAUGACAAGUCAAUGGGCUUAUCUCACUGUGAUUCUUUGUCAACUUCUUGUCCCUCUUGGCAUUAUCUGCUCCUACCCCUUCCUCCCCGAAACACCACGAUUCUUAGUCUACCGCGGGCGAUUUGCGGAGGCCGAGCUUGCAAUCAAAGAUUUGUUUGGUCCGAACUAUAACGCCGCAGAAGAAGUGCAACUUUUGCAGCUCCAGGUCGAGGAGCAGCGAGAGCUUCAUAAGGCAACCAGCGUUAUGGACUGCUUCAAAGGCAGCAACCUCCGGCGAACAAUUAUCGCGAUGGGUGUUCAGAUCUUACAGCAGGCUCAAGGAGUCUCCUUCAUCAAUAACUUUAUCGUGACCUUCAUGAAGCAGCUUGGAUUUGCCGAUCCUCUGAAAUAUAAUGUGAUUGUCAUUGCUUGUGGCUUAGUCGCCAAUGUGAUUUCGUUUUAUACCUUCGACAAAAUUGGUCGGCGCUCCAAUAUGUUCUGGGGAGCUUUCGUCAUGGCUGCAAUGAUGAUUGGUGUUGGAGGCACGACGGCAAAUGGCUAUGAAGUUCUUUCCACGAUGACACAAAAUGGCUGUGUCGCCAUGUUGGUUCUUUGGUAUGUUUUCUACGGUCUCUCUUGGGGACCAGGUGUGUGGAUUCUAGGCGGAGAGAUUGGCACCGGGCAAUUACGUGAACACACUCUGCUUCUCUCUUCGCUUGGAAGUUUCGUCACUUCAGUUCCCAUCAAUUUUGUCAAUCCUUAUGUCCAGGCUGCCAUUGGUGGUCGAACUGCCAUCAUAUACGGUAGCUUCUCCGUUACCGCUAUGGUGUUUGUGUACUUCUUACUUCCCGAGACAAAAGAUCGAUCUUUGGAAGAGCUGGAUGAGAUGUUCCAGCAGAAGAUUUCGACACGACAAUUCAAGAGCUAUGUGUGCACCGGAUUGGGUGCUCAGAUCAGACAACUGGAAAACAAGGAAGAUGUCAGCGAGAAGAAGGUCAGAGAGAUUGAACAUGUCGAAGCUGCUAUUUAA